UUUGUUUGUAUCGUUAUGGACCAGUUGCAAUGUUGGUUAUUGUUUUGUGGUUAAAUUCCGUGUUCCAAAAAGUGAUACUGCUGACAACGGGUAAUGUGGCCUGCAGAAACAAAGCGAUGUGAUGAUAAACGUUAAAACACUAAGCCUUCAGCGAUGACUAAAAGCAAGAAGAAGAGGCAGGAUGACUUCCAGAAGGUCAAACUCAAAGUGGGAAAGCUCAAACCCAAAGCAGACAACGCCACCAGCGUGAACUUCCGCACCAAGGGAAUCCACCUGACAGAGCAGCUCAAGAAAGAUGCAAGUGGACCUACUACACACAGACAACUCAGCAUCAAGGAUCUGCUGUCCCAGCUGCACCACUACAGCAGCAUUGUGAAGCAGACAGCCCUGUUGGGCCUAAAGGAGCUUCUGACUCUCCACCCCUCUGUGCUGGAGCAGCACCUCUCCCGCCUGCUGUCCGAGGUGGCUGCCGUGUUCACAGACAAGGACCCCAACGUACGGGCGGCCGCCACACGCCUGCUCAGGUUUGUGGCUCAGUGUGUUCCUGCCGACCGUGCGGCUCCCUUCUUCCCCCUGCUCAGCGCCCACCUGUCCUGUGCCAUGACACACAUCGAGGCAGGCAUCCAGAAGGACGCCCUGGCCGUCCUGGACGUGCUGCUGGAUCACUACCCCGGCCUGCUGGCCGCGCGCCCCGCCCUGCUGCUCACCAACUUCCUGGAGCUCAUCUCACACAGACGCGUGGUGGGAGGGGCCAGUGCGGUGGGAGGGGCCAGGACCCAGGAGACCAUUGGGAGGAGCUGGGCACUGUCAGUCAACCCUAGCAGGGCUGUGACUGGCCAGCAGUGGAGACUGACGGUUCUCCUCAGGCUUGGGCUGUUCCUCCAGGCGGUGGUGGAGGAGAGGCCAGCAGAGGAAGAGGGGGUUCGAGUCCCAGGUGAUGGAGUGUUUCUGUCCAGAGGAGAGGGAGGGGUGAGCACAGCCCUAGAACUCACCUGGGAGGAGCUCACCUACAGCAGGGUCGGGGUUCAGCUGUUUGAACACUCAGGGGCCAAACCCACUCCACACUCCACCUUCAGACUCAGGCCCGAGGUUGAACCAGGGUCUGGAGUGGGUGAGGGUCUGGACUCAGCUGAGGCUGUGCUGGGCUUUGCUGCCACGCUGGUACCCCUGCUGCUGGAAGUGUGGGUAGAAGCCAGCGCCAGUGAGCGGGCCCAGACUGACAGUGCUCACCUUCUCACCCCAGACUCCAUGGCUCUGAUGUUCCAAGUCCUCUCCAUCCUGCAGCUGGUCAGGAGGCUGGCACCGCAAAAGGAGCACCAGGACACCCUGGAUGCUUGGUUCCGUAGUGAGUACCUGGCUGAUUUUAAGCAGCACUUUAUGAAGAACUUCCCCUACGGCGCCCUGGACACACCUAAACCCCGGAGGAAGGCGGACGCCAAAAGGACCAAGCAGAUGGCAGCGGCCCCUGGACAGACGGUUGAGCCCCUGGCCCUUAACGUGGCCCUGUGUCAGGUCAUGGUGUCCCUCAGCCAGAGGGAGGGGCCAGGACAGGAGCCCGACGCUGAUUGGCUGAUGCCCCUGAAGACGUUUGUAAGAGAGACUCUGUCCAGCGGCGUCAAGCUGGGCAACAGACACCUGCACACUCUGCUGGACACAGUGUGGAAGAUGGUGCUCACACAGAGGAGUCGGGCUGUAACUGAGGACUUGUUGCAGGCUGUGUGUGUUCAGUACAAGCUGAGAAACCUGAGCCUGCAGACCCGCUCCCUGCUGCUGUCCUUCUACAGCAGGCUGUACCUGCAGGAGCACACACACACACACAUCGCCAGGAGUCGCGUGCUGUCUCGGUGGUUGGCUGCUCUGCCUGUGCAGCUGUCCCAGCUGGGCCCCCGUAACCCUGCCCUGUCCUCCUGGCUCCUGCUGUCCAUCCAGGCUGCAGCCUCGCGGGGCAACAAGGACCUGCUGAACAGCCUGCAGGCUAACGCCCUCCAGCUCUACGAUCCUCAGGAGGGUAGUGUGGUGUUGUUGCCGGCAGAGUCUCAGCAGCGAUUGGUGCAGCUGCUCUAUUUCCUCCCUGUGAUGUCACAGUCUCUAAUGGCCAAUCUGAGUCGCUGCUGCACCGCCGGGCGCAUCUCAGCAGGGCUGGCCGCGUCGCUCAUCCGCAUCAUUCACUUCAGGUCUUCUCUGAGGGGCUGGUCUGUAGGGAGCCAGGACGUGGCCCUGCGAGAUGUGGACUACAUCAGCUUCCUGUUCUCCACUCUCACAGGCUUCUCGUCUGAUGAGCUAACUACACUACAGGAAGCGGGCGAUGGGAGUGUCCUCCCGCCCUCCCCCUUGUCCCCCCUCAGCCUGUAUCACACACCCCUGGAGCAGUUCACACACCACUGGGACGUUGUAGAGGAAGUGUGCCGCUGCCUGGAGACAUCAGGGUCGAGGUCCCAGUGUUUUGAUGUGCUGCAGAAUGGCAUUUGCAAACACCUGACCAAGCUGCAGGUGGUUCCAGACAGCAUGGCUGCAGGGCUGCUGAGAGCCAUGGCACGCCUGCUGGAGCCCUCUGUCCUGCCCAGCGAGGCCCUGCUGCGCUUCCUGUCGCUCUGCUGCCUCAGCCUACUGGCCCUGCUCUCUUCCCUGCAGCACGACCCACACUCACACAGCAACCACAAGAGGGAGGCAGUGUUGGAUGCGUGUGUGUGUGCUCUGAGCAGUGUUCCCAGGCUGCUGCGCAUGCUGCUGCAGUCUCUGCGGCCGGCUGACCUGUGUGAGGAGGAGCUCCCUCAGCUGGGCCACAUCCUGACUCUCCUGCUGCAGCAUGCGCCCAUGCGCAGCCACCUGCUGGCCAACGUUGCGCCGCUGCAACACGUCCUGCAGGAACUGAUGAGGUACUGCCGUGGCGAGGCAAGGCAGCAGUGGUUGACAGACCUGAUGUACUGCUACAGUGUCACCAUGGCCAGUCACCAUGGCAACCUGGGUCUUCGAGAAAUCUACUGACCACACCCAUCACACCUGGAGCCUUCAUCCCCUUGCAGGCCUCUCCAGAAUUUCAACACAGGACCACAUUGAAUAGAGCAGACAUGCUUCUUGGCCAUAUGGGCUAAAGAUGCUCGUGGGCUCUGUACAUUACAUUUGUAUGUUAGAUUUUUUUGUGAAUUCCCAGAAAUCGAUCUCUGGCCUGUGCUCCUCACAGACACAGGCCACACCCCUCAGACAGACAGGCCACACCCCUCAGACAGACAGGCCACACCCCUCAGACAGACAGGCCACACC